UUUUUUUUUUUUUUUUUCUCUCCUCCCUUCAAACAGCUGCAUGUUAACCGUGUUUUCUUCACGCGCGCGGUGACAGUGGCACGCUAACUCCGGGAUUCACCGCACUGCGCUUCAUUUAAAGAGCUGUCUAAGCAUUCACUUCACACACUUGUCAUGCAAAAGCACAAUGAGGUCACAGCGAUCCCAAACACAAGGCACUGAAGCAAUAUAACAGCACUUAUUGGCUGCCUCAAGGGCUAAAGGUGAGUGUGUGGCACCAGUUGGCUGUGGAACCUUGAAAGAGCAUGGCGGUCGCUGAAUGCCCAGACUACUUUGUGCUCCACCCGAAAUACCAGGACAAUGCCGACCACACAUCCUCUCGUGGAUCAGCCAGUCUUAUUCACUUCCGGCAGCAGUCUAAGCCGAGCUCUUCUAAUCACCCAGAUGAUGAUGUCGAUCUAGAGGCUUUGGUGAAUGACAUGACUUCCCUGUCGCCCUAUGAGGGCCUUUACUCUUUUAAGACCCAGCAGUCUGACACCAUCCCUCUUCUGCACAAUGGCCAAGGCACUGGUGCCAAGAUUAACAGGAUUGCUCUGCCUCCAUAUGUGUCAAAUAGCCAAGCAAGGGCUACUCACUCAGCUGCACAGAAAGCCUGUCGCUCCCAGCCUGUCCACAUACUGGCUGUUAGGAGGCUACAGCAAGAGGAGCAGCACGUUCGCCCUGCAUCUCUGCCAGCAAUCCCCAACCCUUUCCCUGAGCUAUGCAGCCCUGCAGGUUCCCCAAUACUCAGCUCUGGUUCAAUGCCACAGCCAUCAGAUGUGCACAUCAUCAAGGUCUUCAGUGAAGAUGGCGUUGGGAAGGUGGUGGAAGUUCCUGCUCAUGUGACAGCCAGAGAUGUGUGUCAGCUCCUGGUUUAUAAGAGUCACUGCCUGGAUGACAACUGCUGGACUUUAGUAGAGCAUCAUCCGUUGCUUGGACUAGAGAGGUGUUUGGAGGACCAUGAGAUGGUGGUUCAGGUGCAGGCCUGCAUGUCUCCAGAGAGCAAGUUCCUCUUCAGGAAGAACUAUGCCAAGUACGAGUUCUUCAGAAACCCACUGAAUUUCUUCCCAGAACAAAUGGUGGCAUGGUGUCAAGAGUCCAAUGGCACAAUCCCACCAUCUCAGCUUCUGCAGAAUUUCUUGAAUUCCAGCCGCUGCCCUGAGAUCCAGGGCUUUCUUUACAUGAAGGAGACAGGCCGCAAGUCCUGGAAGAAGCUUUACAUGUUCCUGCGCCGCUCUGGCCUCUACUACUCCACUAAAGGAAUAUCCAAGGAGCCCAGGCAUCUGCAGUUGCUUUCAGAUCUGGAAGAGAACAGUGUGUUCACCAUGACGACAGGCAAGAAAGUGCACAACGCUCCCACAGACUACCAGUUCUGCAUUAAGCCUACUAAGGGCACAACAGAGUUGAAGGAUCUGAAGAUGUUAUGUGCUGAGGAUGAGCAAAGUAGAACAUGCUGGAUGACUGGCUUCAGAGUGUUUAAGUAUGGAAUUCUGCUCUACCAGAACUACAAGAUCCCUCACCAAAGACAGUCAUCAGUCUCGAACUUCACAACACCAGUGAGGAGCGUGUCAGAGAAUUCUCUAGUUGCCAUGGAUUUCUCGGGGAGGACAGGCCGUGUGAUUGACAACCCUGUCGAAGCAAUGAGUGCAGCGAUGGAGGAGGGACACACUUGGAGAAAAAGGAGUCAGCGAAUGAAUGUAUCGGGCCACCCUAGUUCUCCGCAUCCAUCCUCUUUAAAUUCAGUGAUCCACCGAACACAACUGUGGUUCCACGGCCGCAUCAUGAGAGAGGAAUCCCACCGUAUGAUGAUGCAGCAGGGUCAGGUGGAUGGAUUGUUUCUUUUGCGGGAUAGUCAGAGCAACCCAAAGGCAUUUGUUCUCACUCUUUGUCAUCACCAGAAAGUCAGACACUUCCAGAUAUUGCCUUAUGAAGAGGACGGUCAGAUCUUCUUCAGCCUUGAUGAUGGUUCCACCAAGUUCACAGACCUGAUCCACCUUGUAGAAUUCUACCAACUUAACAGAGGAGUCCUACCAUGCAAACUCAAACACCCCUGCACCAUGGUGGCCUUAUGACCCCCCACCUUAUACUUUCGAUCAAACUGUCAUUACGUCCUUCUCACCCAUGGCUGAGAACAAAGCAAAAGACCAACCCAGUUUCUCAGUGUCCCUCUUCCAUGAUAAGAACUUUUUCUGAUGCUUUUAUAUCUUGCCUCUGGGAUCGUCGGAGAACUGACGGUUCACUUUGUCCAGUUAAUAUAACACUGCCAAUUUAUUUCUCAUUUUCCAAGCCAGUGUCGUUCACCUCAAGAUUUCAUCAAAUACAAGGCCUCGAUGUCAUCAUGCAGAAGAUGCUCUCACAAUGGCGAAAAGAUCUGAUCGGAUCAUCAUAUCUUUUCUGUUGCUUAUGCCUUGUCAUGUUACUUGAUAAUAUUUGAUUGGUAUUUGUGGGAUUGCUGAUGUUUUCAUACCUAGUAUUUUGCACUUUCAAGCUGAAAACGGGUGGCCCACUUUACCAUUAAAAUUCCCCUGCCCUCAUUUCAUUCCUCCUCCUUCCCCUGGCCUCAUGGUGAGUAAGCCUCAGUGGGGAAUUCCUGUGUGCUAAUUGGAUUACAGCGCAAGACAGACUUUCACUGAGCCCUGUUGGAGCUUCCUACUGACAAGGUUACAGCUGACGUGAUACACCAAAUUAUGGAUCAGCAGACCUGAACUGCUGAUUAUCAUAUCAUCUGUUGCAUUAUAUUCAGUCCAUGUUAUUCUUCACCAUGUCCUCUUUGCCUUAGAGACCUGAGUGCACUGAGAUAAGGCGGCGUUACGUCCUGUCAGUCUGGAGACUGAGACGUUGCACAGGGAAGUUCCACAUGUUGCACAUCUGGCUAGAUAGAUUAAUUUGAGCCAUGGAUAAAAUGCAUCUUUUUAAUUAUAUUAGAGGGACAAAAAGUCACUUUUAAUUGAAGUGCAAUAUUUUUUAACUACAGCCUAUGGGGGAGUUAAGGAAACUUGACCCAUGCCCUGCGUGGCCGCCUUAAAAACUUGACCCACGCUCAAGUUGCUGAUGUCGACUACCCAGAGCACAAUCACUGAGUUAAACGAUUAGCCCUCUUCUGGCUAUGUAGCAAGUGUUUUUUUUUGUUUGUUUUUUUAUUUCUACAAAAUCCUGUAUAGUUAUAAAUAAGAAUUACCUUUACAUAAUUUUGCUGUCCUUGAGCCACAUGAACAUAUGAAAGGUGUCAAAAGGGCCCAUUUGUAGCUUGAAUUAACAUGUGAUCUGAUCAGUUACAAAGCACUGUUAAAUCAAAAAGUGUAAAUGCACACAGAAUGCUUUAUGAUCAGUAUAUGAUUAGAUCAGUCAGACCAGGGGUGUCAAAACUCCGGCCCCAGAGCAGACAGAUGUUAACUUCCCAGCGAAUUCCCUUUUGUAUGAUAGGUGCCCCACAAGCCAACACAUUGCAGUUGUUCUUUUCACCUGAUGGUGACAGCAGACUGUGUUAAUACAGCUAGCUAAAUUGCAAGAGCCUGCAAAUUAAUUUACUGAAAAAUAUUUAGUCAAAAGCACAACGUUAACAGUGAGAAGGGGCGAUUUCAAAACAGCUGGAAACAAGAAUACGUUUUUCAUUCAGAGCCACAGCAAAUGUGCAUGCCUCAUAUGUCAAAAGUCUGUUGUGGUAAUUUAAUAUCAUGAGACGUUAUGAAACAAAUAAUGAGGAUGAGAAAGCAGAGAACUUGAAGCAGCUGGAAGCUAUCCUGGCAAAAACAGCAUUUUAUCAGAGGGUACAGUACAGACCAUUACUAGAGCUAAUAAGUGGCACUGCUUCUAACCAUUAAGCAUGGAAUACCUUUCGUGAAUCCUUAAGAGUCCUUAACUAAAGUGGUCAAAGUCAUUUCCCCCAAAAAGAAGCACAAAUUUAUGAAUAUCAUCUUGUGUCUUACAACUACAGCGGUCAGUUGAUACCCUGCUGCAGUUAUUCCACUUAAAUUAAAUUCACUAUAUUUGAGCACUAAAAUAAUAUUUUGGUGACUGCCCUCAAGUAUCUUGAUGUGGUCUUAUCUGGAAAAUACACAAUUUAAAAAUGUUUGGACACCCCUGAGUCAGACAUUUCAGCAGGUAUAAAUAAAAUCUGUAUAGUCUGUUUGCAUUAUGCUGGCACUGCCACUAUGCUGGCACAACUUUGUUGUGAAAUCCACCACAAAUAAUUCACAGUCGCCAGAAACAAGGCCUGGGGUUGUUUAUAUUGCCAACUUACAGACCGUCAGUGAUGACACCUUCCAGCAUAAUUUCUACUAGCUUGCAUGGAAUAUUUGCAAAAUGAAGAGGGAAUUUUAAGAAAUAAAGUGCGAGACUGAAUGGUUCGUUAUCCAGAUCUCGAUUUACAGAUGUUAAUGCACAUGUUAAUGUGAGAUACAAAUGGAGCCAAAGAGAAAAUAUGCACAAACACUCAAAGAAGAAUGUUUGCAGUGUCGGGAGUCCUGAGUGCAAUUAGAGAUCCUCUACAUCUGCGUGGCAUCGUUCCACGAGGAGAUCUGCUCCUGCAUCUAGUUUUGAUGGAGAAGUAGUGCAAGCUUCAGUAUACAUACCUGUGAAAAUGCCACAGUAACAAUGUGGCAGAAUCCUACAUGUCCUACACUGGCCCAGCAAGACUUAAGCUAUGACCACCUCCUACAGUUUGAUAAAACACACAGCCAACUCUUAAGCUGCUGACAUUGAAGUACACACAUCUGAUAGAGGGUAGAACAUGUGAUCUAGAGAUGUAGCUUAGUCAGUUUUCUAAUUCUCAGAUAAAAUCUAGUGCAAGCAACUUCUCAACAGAAUUCACUAGAAUAAUUGAGUCUGUGCUUAAGCUGUGUCUGGAAAAUCCCAGUAUAUUUUUCAGUGGCAAACUUGAAUAAUGUGUUUUAAACAUACUCAAGAACAUGCUGGUAAGGAAGUACAUUCUUGGUCAUUUAACCACAAACCUACAGAGUAGUAAUUAUGUAAUGCAUGGUCUAUGGGAUGCAUCUUCUAGUCAAGCCUCCAUGAUCCCAAGUUGAUCAGAAUGUGUAGACCAGACUGAGACGUGAUCUCUGCAAGAGGAGCUCAAAUAGCUCAAAUCAGCUCAAAUACACCUGGUCUCCUGAAGGAUGGACUCUACAGGUUUUUUUUUUUUUUUUUUUUUUUUGUGAAUCAUGUGUGCAGUUACAUGCAGUGCAAACAGCUUUAGUAGCAAUAUAUUUUUUAUUUCCGAGUGUGUGAAACUUAAGCUCUAGAUCUAACACUGUAUCUAUGCUAUCUACAAAUAUGUAAAUGGGUUGGGCUCCCAAACGAAAUGAAGACGGGAUUGUUACACGGAUGUUGUGUACUUUUUACAUACCCCCUCUCAGUGAUUUGUAUCAGUGUGCAUAUUAUAAUGAUAUUAUAUGUUCUCAUUUGUAUGUCACAAAAGCCUUUUUAUAAAACGUAUUAUAUUAAUUAAGCUA